AGGAGAAUCGACACUGGCGUCUCCACUGGCGAAUCGAUAUUCCGCUCAAAUAUUGACUCCGCGAUUGUGUGGUGCUGUGUCGAGCGAGCGAACGCGGCGAACAGGCAGCAGGCAAGGCAGGCGGGCAGACAAGCGAGCGACGGCGAGCGAGCGAGCGAGCUAGCUUAGCAAGCAAGCGCGCGCGAGAGAGAGUCGAUCAGUCCGUCCGUGUGCAGUUGAGUUGGCGAUGCUCCUUUAAAAAGUGAAUGCUUGCCGAGUGCACGCGCGAGUGAGAGACACCGAAAGCCGAGUGUGACAAACGGACGCGCAAGGUGCGUAAGUCGCAUCUCGUAGAUAGGUGACGGUUUAUUUCGUGUCGACGACGACGACUACGACCACCACCACCAGCGCAACAACAAGGACAACGACGGGCGACGGGACGAUCCGCAGCGGAGCAAAUAUGCUGCCAGCGACAACGAACGCGCUACUCUGCGGGCUGGCCCUGUGCGUUGGCCUCUCCCACGCGAGUAUUCCUGUCCUCGAGUCGACACCGUCGAGCUACUUCGGCAACGAUCAUGGAGUUCCACGAUUGGAUUUGGAGAGCCUCGAGAGCGGAUAUCACGGCCUGGUCAAGGAGAACGAAACGUUGGUCGAAGUCACGCCGCAGAUCCGAGCUCUGGGUACCAAGGUUUGCUCCUUCCGCAUCGCCAAUAAGCAUCAUGGCGAGGCACCGUUCGAGAUUGUCCUGAAGGAGAAGGGGAUGGCCGAGCUGCGGGCGUUUCGGGUUUUAAAUUGCGAAAAACGGCGCAAUUACAAGUUCGACAUCGCUGCGGUGGGCUGCAACGGAGUGCAAUCUGAGAAUGCGACGGUUCACAUCACCGUGGUUGAUGUCAACGAAUACGCGCCGCAAUUCCUCCAGCCAGCGUACGUCAGCACGGUGGACGAGGGACGUCUCUACGAGGAGGUUGUCCGCGUCGAAGCCUCCGACCGGGAUUGCACACCGAAAUUUGGCGAUGUUUGCAAGUACGAGAUCCUUACCGGCGAUCAGCCGUUCAUCAUCGACAACGAGGGCGCCAUCCGCAACACCGAACCCCUGGACUAUGAGCGAUCGCACAAUUAUAUCCUCAGCGUAGUCGCGUAUGAUUGCGGCAUGAAGCAAUCGGCGCCGGCGAUGGUGACGGUCAAGGUGAACCGUGUGUGCGCUCCCGGAUGGCGCGGUAUCCCCGAGAGAGUCGACUACGCCGCCGGCGUUGGCUCGCAGCCCCUGCUACCCUCGGCACGACUCGAUCUCUGCGACGCGCCCUGUAUCCUGCGCAACGUACGCGCCACUUUGACUCUCGGUACAGACCACAUUGGCAAAGGUUGCGACCGCGACACGUACGGCGUUCGUAGUCAGCGCAAAUUGUGCGGUGCGUCGCGGGACAGCGUGGAUCUGUUACCCACACCCGGACCCACGACAUCCUGGACGGCGUCCCUGUCCAGGGACGAAGGUAGAGAGGCCGACGAGAUCUUCGAGUUUGACGGAGUCGACUCAGCCGCGAUCGUCCCGAACGACGUGCUGGAACAUAGUCUGGCGCAGAAGUUCACCAUCGGCGUCUGGGUCAAGCACCGGCCGCGUCCGCGACAGGACCCGCAUGUCAAGGAGCAUAUACUCUGCGCUGCCGAUGAUCACAAGAUGAAUAGGCACCAUUACGCUCUGUUCAUAAGGAACUGCAGAUUGAUUCUACUCUUGCGACGCGACUUCUCCGAAGGCGACCCCAAUAUUUUCCGUGCAGCCGAGUGGCGUUGGAAGCUCGGCCAGGUGUGCGACGACAAAUGGCAUCACUAUGCGGUUCAAGUUGACUUCCCGCGUGUCAGCCUGUACGUCGAUGGCGAGGAGUGGCGCGCUGACGAGAAGAAUCCCGAAGUUAUCGACGAUUGGCCUUUACAUCCGGCUAAGGGUGUUAACACCACUUUGGUGGUGGGCGCCUGUUGGCAGGGCUCCGAAAACAAGACGAAACACCACUUUCGCGGCUAUCUCGCCGGGCUCUCCGUUCUAGUCGGCCGUAACGAGAAGCCGGAGGUGCUGUCCUGCUUGCGACGUUGCCAAGAGGGCAUUCACGUGCCGCCCAUGGACCUGCUGCAACCUGGCACUCAGUUGCUGACCAACUCUGACCUGACCGAAGUGCGCAUCGACGGUGAUAACCGCACCAAUGUCGAGACUCUGCUACGUCGCAUCGGCUAUUCGAAUUCGCGGCGAUUCCCGACGCCUGGUCGUCGUAACUUCCGCCUCGACACCACGAUCGUCUGCGAAGGUAGCGAAAAUACACCUCUGCCGGUGCCGACCGUACAGUCCUACGUCACCGUGUUGCCGCCCCCACGGCCGGGUAUCACCGUCAACGGCACCGGUUACGUCGCCAGGGAAUACGCGGACUUUCGACUGGGUGUCCGCGUGUUCCCCGACGCACGCGUCACCGCUGGCUCCGCCGCGCGACUGGACGCCUGCGCGGUUAGCGUUUAUCCGAGUCUCAACCCCGAUCACGAGAGCUUGGGAUUACCCGGUGACGCCCUGCUCGCGUUCCACGACAUUUCCGCCCGUGUGGACCGCGACGGCGUCGUUCUUUCGGGCGCGGAUUCGCCCUACAACUACCAGCAACUUAUCCGUCUUAUCAUGUACACGAAUCGCAAGCCGGCUUACUAUCUCGACCGCGUCUUCAAGCUGACUUGCUCCGAGUUAAGCGGCCGUUUCGCCAGCAACGAGUACGUGCAGACGCUGGCCGUGAUUCAUCCCAAGGAAAAGACGACUGUUUCGCCGCAUACAACGCCUGGAGAACCACCUAUCGCGAGAAUCGUCGAGCCGGCACCGGGUCACGCGCAGCUUUCGCCGCAUCACGCCGAUCUGACAGACGAGUACGCUACCACUGCGCUUCGCGAGGGCGGCAAGACCAUCGGUAGCGGUGGUGGCCUCGGCGGUGGCGGUGGCAGUCACGCCGUCACCAUCGUCGCAGCUGCCUGCAUGGGCUUCCUGUUGCUGAUGGGUGUUGUAGGUGCCGCGCGGGUUCGCGGAGCGGCCAAACGACGACGAUCCGCCGGUGACGAGCUCGCAGCUGAAACAGAGAUGGCGUGGGACGAUUCGGCCCUCGCCAUUACCGUGAACCCGAUGGACAGGCUGACGGCUGAGCAGGACCAGCAUCACCAGAGUCAGAGAGACGAGGACGUCGACGACUCUGGCAGUUCCGACUCCGAGGACGGCUCGUUCAGAGACGACGACCUCGACAGCUCCGACUGCGAGAACGAUUGCGAGCUCAGCAAUGGUCGGCACCGUCGCCACAACUCGCCGCACGAUUUGGAGUGGGAUCAUCGCGACGUUUAAAUUGCUUAUCUCCGUUGCAUUUAUCCCUUCCCUCUCCUCCUUCCCUUGCCUUCUCUUUCUCUCUCUCUUUCUCUCUUUCUCUUUUGUCAAGUUUCUCUCCUUCGACGUUGAGAAGAGUACUGGCUGGCGUGCCGCUUUUUUUGCAAAAUUUGUAUGGUACGUAUCCGUACGAGCUAUUCUCGGCGAUAUCUUUCUUGUCAGCGAACGCGAUCCUGCAAACGGAAAGAUUCCUUCUCAUCGCACGAGUGUCCGUAACAAUUCCACGGAUACAUCACCUGUCUACGGGUCGGUUUCGCGAUUCGCCGCGCGAAACAAAUUUCUCGCGCUCGACGUCAUCGAGAGAUUAGGAAAUUAGAAAAACCACGCUCUCGAACUUUGAACUCUUGUUCACUUUUGGGUGUGACGGUAGAGUAAUAAGAUUUCACGUUUUAAGCUGCUCCGAACACUGCUCGUUCGAUCGCCUUUUCGAUUCUCUCAACGACUAUUCUCCCUGUUUACCACGUAAGGGGGAGAGAGAGAGAGAGAGAGAGAGAGAGAGAGAGAGAGAGAGAGAGAGAGAGAGAGAGAGAGAGCGCGCGCGCUACGUUCGGCACUAGAUUCCAUGUGAUUCCAAGUAGCGGCAUUUUCGCUUUCCUCAGAUUACAUUAUGUAAAUAAGAAUUAUGAGAGGCUGAAACACACGAGUAUGUGCACGCAAUUAAGCACGAGCAGUUCUUGGUAGUAGUACAUCCCUAUCAAGUACAUUCUGGUGUACAUGGCAUGCAUGAUGAGAUAUACAGAUGGAACACCCAAUGUUUACAUAAAUAAAUGUGUAUACAUAUACAUAUAUGUAUAUAUGUGUGUGUAUAUAUACACACACACACAUAUAUAUAUAUAUAUAUAUAUAUAUA